AUGCAGAGUGAUAUAAUUGUUAAUCAAGAUUUAAAAGAAUAUAGCAACAUGAUGAAUGGAAUACACCAUGUAAAGUCUUGUGUUUCCUCCUUAGGAGUUGAGACUAAUAUGAAAAAUGAAUACAACGAAAAGGGUGUAGAAAGGAAUGAUUAUAAUAAUGAUGAUAUUGAAGAUGAAAUUUAUAAUAAUAAUAAUAAUAAUAAUAAUAAUGAUAAUAAUAAUAAUAAUGAUAAUAAGGAAGAAUUUAACAAUUAUUCUAAUGAUAUAAUAAACGAGAAAAAAAAAAAAAAAAAUAGUUAUGAUGAUAAUAUAUUAUCUAAUAGGGGUUCAUUAAAUGAUGAAAAUUUAGAUACCCCCAAUAAUAGUGGUACAAGUCAUAAUAAUAAUAAUAAUAAUAAUAGUAGUAGUAGUCAUAGUGAUAACAAUGUUUUCGAAGAUAGAAAUAAUAGUCAGGUUGUUCAUAGUAGUAGUAUAUUAAAAAAUUCUGAGGAUAUCAUUUUAAAUAAAUCAUCUAGUAACUCAAAUAAUGAAAAUGUAUAUUCUAAUGAAGAUAUUUAUUCAUUUAAGGAAAAUCUUUGUGAACAACUAAAUAAUGACGAAACGAAUAAUAUGUUUCCUUCUAAAAUUAAUAUGGAUAAUUGUAAUAUAAAUAAUAACUACAGUAAUAAUAACAGUAGUAGUAAUAGUAGUAGAAGUUAUAAUGAGAAUAAAAGAUCUUCAAAUGUUGAUAGUAAUAAUAGCAACAAUAAUAAUGAUGAUAAUAAUCAUAAUGAUAAUAGAGAUAAUAAUAAUAAUAAUAAUAAUAACAAUAAUAAUAACAAUAAUAAUAAUGGAAAUAAUGGUAACAAUAAUAAUAAUGGAAAUAAUGGUAACAAUAAUAAUAAUGGAAAUAAUGGUAACAAUGAUAAUAAUGAUGAUAAUAAAAACAAUGACGAAAAUAAGAAUAAUAAUAAGGAAGUAACUGAUGAUAAGGAGAAAGAUGAACACGAUGAAAAAGGUUCAAACGAAAAUAAAAAUUUAUCACAUGAUAAUAAUAAUAAUAAUAAUAAUAAUAAUAGUAGUAGUAGUAAUAAUAAUAAUAACCUUAAUGGUGAUCAUAAAAAGAAUGAAGGUAAUAAUAAAAAAAAUGAAGCAUCUUCUAUUAAAUCUUUACAUAAAAGUUCAGUGUUAAGCUCUCUUAAUGCAGAUGCUCCAGAAUUUGUACCAUCAACAAAAAGUCUUCAAAACAAUAUGUCAUUUAAUAAUUUAAUGUGGAAUAAUUAUUAUCAGGACAUAAGUGGAGGUACAACAUUUAAUAGUAAUAAUUUAUUGAAUAAUAUGAAUACACCAGGAAGUAAUAAUAAUAAUAUUAUGAUAAAUAAUACAAAUUCUUUGUUACAUAAUAUUAAUGGUAUAAAUAAUAAUUCGUCUAAUAAUAUUAUGAAUAUAGCAGGUUCUAAUACCAUGUCAAAUUCAAAUAAUAAUAAUAGUGCAAAUACUGGUGUAGUUUUGUUAGGUGUAUCAUCAGGAAAUAUGAAUAAUAUGGAUAAUAAUGACCAAGACAAAAUGAAUACCACCACUACCACUACCACCACCACCAACAACAACAACAAGAACAAUAAUAAUAAUAAUAAUAAUAAUAAUAGUAAUAAUAACAUUUGUAAUAAUUCAUUACAUGGUGCAAAGUCUAAUAGUAAUCAUAACAAUAUUCAUGAUAAUAAUAAUAAUAAUAUGCAUGCAGGAAAUAUAAAUAAUAUGACACAAACUAUUGGUGGCAUAUCAUCAAGCGAUGGACCAUUUAUAAAUCAAGGUAUGAUACCUGGAAUAACUAAUUUAAGAUCUAGUCAUUUUAUGAGUAAUUCUAGUGCAAAUUUUAUGAACAGUUCAGAAAAUUCAAAUGGACCAUUUCAUCCAAUGGAUGGUACACAUGCCCAUCAAAAUUUUCAACCGAAUGGUUCAUUAAUAGCUCAUCAUAAUUUUUAUGUAAAUCAUCAUCCAUAUAUAUUGAAUAAUCAUCCAAAUCCAUUACCAGGACCACAACCAAUAUUUGCACCCCCUUUACCGUAUACGAAUACAUUAGCUUCUACAGGUAAUACCACAGGUGCAGGAGGUGUUCAUCAUGAUAUGCCUUUUGCUCAACAUACAUCUGUAUAUGGUUCUUUUAGUAACAAUCCAGCAAAUUUGAUUGCGAGUGGUGCUAGUAUAUCAUCACAGAAAAGUCCAAGUUUAAGUAUAAAUCCUUAUAACUUUUUGUCAUGUUCCUUACCAACGCCACCUCCACAAUUACCUCACACUGGUCCAUUAAGUAUGACAUCUUUAGAUCCACAUUUUAUGUCUACGGGAAAUAAUUCUCAUAUGAAAUUACCUUAUACGAAUAAUAUGUGUCCUCAUCCAGGAAGGAGGAGCAUAUAUAAUCAUUUUAGUCAUGCGCACAUAUCCAAUUCGAAUAAUAUGAACGAUAAUAAUUUUGAUCCCACAAAUAGUAAUAAUAACAAUAAUAAUAAUAAUAAUAAUAAUAGUAAUAAUAAUGGUAAUAAUAAUAAUAAUAAUAGUAAUGGUAAUAAUAAUAAUAAUAAUAAUAAUAAUAUGAAUAAUACUAUGGCUGCAAAUUUAAAUUAUAAUUUUAAUACAUUUAAUCAUCCUAAUAAUAACAAUAGUUGUGGUUUAGUUCUUAAUAAUGAUAAUAACAGCACAAAUAAUAUUCAUUUAAAUCAAGGAUUAGGUUCAAAUACUUUAAAUUUAAAUAAUGCAGGUAAUGUUAUAUGUGUAAACAACCCCAUGCAUCUGAACACUUCUGGUAACAUGACACAUCAUCAUAUGAAUAAUAUGCAUAUGAAUCAUGGGAUGAUAAUAAAUAAUAACUUAGGUAAGCAGAAGAAAAGUAUAUCCAUAAAUCAUAAUAAUGCAGACAAUAAUAAUAACAACAAUAAUAAUAAUAAUAAUAUGAAACAACAAUUCAAUAAUUAUCGAGAGGGAAAGAAUUCAUUAAAAGGAAAUAUGAUGAAUUCAAAUGUAUGUAUAAAUAAUAAUUACAAUCAUUAUAACACUCUUAAUAAUAAUAAUAAUAAUAAUAAUAAUAAUAAUAAUAAUAAGAAACAUAGUAGGUAUAAUUCUAUAUCCAAUGUUAAUAAUGCUUAUAAUGCAGCAUAUAAUGUUAAUACAACAGGAAAUAAUGUCAAUAAUAUAUCGUCUAAUAAUUCAAAAAAUAUAUAUAAUUCGAAAGGAGCAAAACGUGAAGGAUAUAAUAGUGAGGAUAAUGAUAAUACAGCUGGAAAUUAUUAUCUGAAAAAUGGAAACCCUAUAAUGAAUGUAGUAAAUACAAAUAAUAUUAAUAAUAAUAAUAAUAAUAAUGGUAAUGCUUUAGAUCAUGUUAACGUUGAGGGAAGUAAUAAUAAGUCGAAAGAUACAAAUAAUCAAGAAUUAAAAGAUUCCAAUGAAAAUAAUAACAAUAAUAAUGAUGUAGAAAACGAUAAUUUUAAUGAUUCUUCUUUUUCAUAUAAAGGACAAAAGAAUUAUAAUUCCAAAAAUAAAAGUAACACAUCUAUUAAUAAUAAUUACAAUAUGAAUAAUGUACAAAAUGAUAAGGUACCCAAUACUCAUAAAGAAGAUUAUAAAAACAAUCGCUAUGUAAAUAAUAACAAAAUAGUUGAAGAUAAAAAUUCUUCAAGUGCAAGUAAAAAUAUGACGAAUGAGAAAAAUUUAAAAGCAACAGAUAAUAAUAUAUAUCACAAUAAUAAGAAAGGAUAUAAUGAGGUACCUAAUAAUUCUAUCCACAACAACAACAAUAAUAAUAAUAAUAAUAAUAAGCAAAAUAAUAGUUACUUAAAUAAUAAUAAGUAUCAUCAAAAUAAUGCAGAUAGAAGGGGAAGUAACAUGAAAAACGCAGAAAAUAAUACAAACAAAAUGAAUGAGAAAAAAAUUAAAAAUGAUGAUGAAAAGAAAGGAAAAGAAAAGGAAAAGGAAAAAGAAAAAGAAAAGGAAAAAGAAAAUAUUAAUAAUAAUAGUCAUAAUAAUAAUAAAAAGAUGAGCGAAAUUAAUACAAAUAACGAAAAUAAUUAUGUUGGUAAUAAAAAUAUGAAUUAUAAUACAUUAAAGAAUUAUAAAAAUUAUGAUAAGAAGACCAUGGAAUUCUCUUCAUGGGUAAAAAUAGCUAAGAUGAACCCAAACAACAACAACAAUAAUAAUAAUAAUAAUAACAAUAAUAAUAAUAAUAAUAACAACAAUAAUAAUAAUAAAAAGAAAGAGAAAUUAUCCGUGUCUUCAAUUUAUGAAGGGUCAAACAAUGAGAAAAACCAGAAUGUAGAAGAUAGAAGAAACUCAAAUUUUAUAAAUGAAAAGAUAAAUACACAGGAUAAUAAGACGAGCAACCCAUAUAGUAGUAAGAACCAAAAUAAAGAAAAUGAUGAUAAUGUUAUUAUCCAACAUAAAGAAAAUGAAAAUAAUCAAGAGUACGACAAUAACGAAGAUCAUAAUAAUAAUAAUAAUCGUCGUUUAUCAAGAAAUGUAAAUAAUGAAAAUAUCAAAAAAAGAAAUGAAGAUGAGGAUAAGAAAAGAAGUAGCAAGGCAAGUAUUAAAGAAAAGGAAAGUAAUGCACAUUAUUAUAAAGAUAGUAAUAAUAAUAAUAAAAAAUUAAACGAUGAAAAUAAAAAAAUGAGCUAUAAUAAUAUUGUUACGAAUAAUAGAAAUUAUAACACUGCUAAGGAUAAUAAAGAGAAAAAUAAACUAAAAUAUGAAAGUAAUAAGAAAACAGAGAUGGAUGAUAGAAGGAAUUCAGUAGGUAGUACACCAGGUAGUAGUAAUACAUUUUCUCAUAGGCAAAGGGAGAAAUUAAAAAUCCAGAAUGUAGAAAUUAAACAAAUUAAUGAAAAAAUUAUAAAUAUUAAAAAUUAUGAUAAGAAAAAACCAUCUGUAACAAAUGUGCAUAAUAGUAAUGAUGAAGCAACAAAAGGAAAAGGCGUAUACAUAAAUAAUAAAAAAGAUGAGAAAAAAGAGGACACUACUAAUAAUGUUGAUAGUAAGAAAAAUAACAUGAAUGAUCCUAAAUCAAUAGAUGUAUUAACCGAAAAUGAGAAUAGUAAGAAUGAUGCAGAAUGUAGUGAUAGUACUACGGUAAAUAAUAAAAAAGGUAAACGUACUAGUACAAAUAAUAAUGUAUCAUCUAAUAGUUUAAAAAAUGAAUCAAUGAAAAGCACAACUGAUAAUAAGGAGCAGGUAUCAAAAGAUAUUGUAGCAAGUAACAAUAUGAGUAAUACAUCUAAAAGUAGUAAUAAUGGAGAUAUAAAUGUAAUAAAAAGGAAUAAUAAUAAUAAUAAUAAUACAGGAAUGAAUAAAGGACAAGAUAAGGGUGCAAACACAGGCAAAAGUAAUAACAACAACAAUAAUAAUAAUAAUAAUAAUAAUAAUAAUAAUAAUAAUAAUAGUAGUAGUAGUAUUAGUAGUAGUAGUGCUGUGCCGAAUGUUAAUGAAAGCUCCAAAACUACAUCUGUUUAUGCAAGUAUAAAAAAUUCGCUGUGGCAAGGAAGAAUAUCCUUUGCUGAGAUGGCCAAAAGGAAACCUAAAGUAGAGACGAAAGAAAUUAAAGAAACAAAAGCGGAUUCUGUAACGAGUGAGAAAAAAAACAACCACAAAAAUAAUAAUAAUAAUAUUAAUAGUAACCAUCAUCAUCGUAAUAGUAUUAACAAUCAUCAUUCUAAUAAAAGCGAUAAAUCCUCAAGGAAAGAACAUCACAGUAGAUAUGGAUCAAGUAGUACGACUCGCGAAAAAGCAGUUAGUAGUAAUAAUGCUGUUAUGAAAGAAUAUAGUAAAGAUAGUAGAAAGAAAAAUGAUCAUAAAGAUGAAAGUAGUGUACACUCAUUUAAUAGUAGUCGAUUAAAUAAAAAAGAUAAUAAAAAUGAUUCACGUCAUAAAAGUGAAAAUAAAAAUAAAUUAUAUAAUAAUGAACAUGUCGAUUCUUAUGAUUCAGGUGUUGAUUGUGUAUCUGUUCAAAACAAGAAAAAAGACACUGAUAAAGGAGAUGAUGACACUAGUGUAUGUGAUAGUAUUAGUGUUAUAGAAAAGAAAGAACAUUUUGAGGAAUUAAAAGAUGAGAAGAAUUUAGAUAAUUACACAUAUACUGAAAAGGUAAGUGAUUAUUCAAAUGAGAAAAAUAACGUAGGUGAAGAUUAUGUAGAUAAUAAAGAGGAUCCGUUUGAAAGUUUAUCUCAGAAGGGUAAAUGUUCAAAUGAAAAUAUAAAGGAUGAUAAUGAAAUUAAGAAUAAUGACACGAAUAAUAAUGAAAAUAAUAAUAAUAAAACCAUUGUGUGUAAUGAAGAUGAGAAAAUAAAAGAAGAAAAAACAGUAGCAGUUAAUAUUGAUGAAGUAUUAUUUGAAGAAAAAGAAAAUAAAAAAGAUGAAAAUGAAUGUAGUCAAGUUGAUAGGGUCAAUAUAAAUAAUGAUAUAAUAAAUGUUGAUGAAGUAAAAAAAAUGGAUGAAAUAAUAACAUGUGAAAAAAAUAUAAGUAAUGAAAAUAAUCAAUCGGGAGAUAAUAACAAAAUGGAAAAGGAAAAAAAUGAAAAAUAUGAAAAAAAUGAAAAAUAUGAAAAAAAUGAAAAAUAUGAAAAAAAUGAAAAAUAUGAAAAAUAUGAAAAAUAUGAAAAAUAUGAAAAAAAUGAAAAAAAUGAAAAAUAUGAAAAAAAUGAGAAAAAUGAGAAAAAUGAAAAAUAUGAAAAAAAUGAAAAAAAUGAUAACAAAUUAGAAAAAUCAUCAGAUGAACAUAUGAAUGAAAAUAUUUCUGAUAAUGUAAAAGUAAAUGAUGAAGAUACCUUAUUAUUAGAGAAUUUAGAAGAGAAAGUUCAAAAUACCGAUGAGAUAGAAGAAAAUAAAGAGAAGAAGAAUAUAGUAAAUGAUGAAAAAGAAAAGGCCAAACAAAAAAAAUUAGAAAGAUUAUAUAGAGAGAAAAUAUAUACAAAAAUUGAUUUAUUGGAAAUCUAUUUAGGUCAUAAUUGGGGUGAGGAUGGUGAUAGAUUCAAUUUUGUAUUAUCACAAGAAAAUGAUAAUUUAUUAGAUGGAGAUUAUAAAAACAGUAUUAGUAAUAAUAAUAUGAUGAAUAAUAAUCGUCAUAGUGUUAUGAUGGAUGAUCAUCAUAAUAUUAUGAAAAAUAAUAAUAAUAAUAAUAAUAAUAAUAUGGUAAAUAAUAAUAAUAAUAAUAAUAAUCAUCAUCAUAUGAAUGAACAAAAGAAUAUGAAUGCACAUAAUAAGAGAUUUAAUAAUAAUAUGAAUAAUAUGAAUAAUGUAAAUAAUAUGAAUAGUGGUUAUAAUAACAAUAUGAAUAAUCAACAUAAUAAUAAAAAUAAUAAUAAUAUGAACCAACAUAAUCAUCAUUCUGGACAUCAUCAUAUCAUAAAUAAUAAACAAAACCAAUCUAAUCAAAAUGUAAAUAAUAAAAAUAAUGAUGAUGGAUGGAGAAAUUCCAUAGCACAGAAAAAUAUGAUGAAUAAUAAUAAUAAUAAUAAUAUGUAUAUAAAUAACAAUCAAAAUAACAAUUUCUAUGAUCAUUCAAAUAAUAAUAAUAAUAAUAAUAAUAUGAAUGAUAUGAAUAUGCAAAAUAUCCAUAUGAAUAAUAUGAAUAGUAUGAAUAAUAUGAAUAGUAUGAAUAAUAUGAAUAAUAUGAAUAAUAUGAAUAAUAUGAAUACUAUAAAUUAUAAUAAUAAUAAUAAUAAUAAUAAUAGUGUUUCAUCGAAUUUGGAAUGGAGAAAAAGUGAUGCUGAUAAAUUGAAAGGAUUUUUUGAUUCUACUAGAGUUGUCGAAUCUGCAGACGCAUGGAGAAAUAAUAAUAAUAAUAAUAAUAAUAAUAAUAGUACAGCUCAAGUAAAAACAGUUGCUGAGAAUAGUUGGAUUUUAAAACAGAAUCAAUUAAAAGCUGAUAAGUAUACCUGUAUGAUGCGUAAAUUAAGAGGUAUAUUAAAUAAAUUAACUUUUGAAAAAUUCGAUUUAUUAUAUGAACAAAUAAUAUUAGUUGGAAUAACCAAAUUAGAUGAAAUUAUAGGGUUAAUGAAAUUAGUUUUUGAAAAAGCAGUAACCCAACAUCAUUUUGUACAAAUGUAUGUACAAUUAUGUAAAAAAUUAAAUGUUCAUUUUCAUAAUAUGAAAUUAGAAGAUGACACUACAGUUCAAUUUAAGAAAAUAUUAAUAAAUCAAUGUCAAGACUCUUUUGAAAAUAAUUUAAAACCUAUCGAAUUCCCAAGCCAUUUGAAUGAAGAAGAGAAAUUCGAGUUUGAACAAAUGCAUAAAAAUAAGGUUAGAGGAAAUAUGUUAUUUGUCGGGGAAUUAGUAAAAUCCGGAAUAAUUUCUAUACCUAUAGUUUUUGUAUGUAUAAAACAAUUAUUAGAGAAAAGAGAAAGUUAUAUAUCUAUUAAAAAUGAUACAAAAGAAGGUAAUUUACAUUUAGAAGCUUUAUGUAUGUUUCUAAAUACAGUAGGUGAAAUUUUGGAUACUCACGAAAAAGCGAAUCAAGAAAAAGUAAAAGAAUUAUAUAACACAUUAAACGAAUUAGUUAAUAAUGAAAGCAUAACCUUUCGUGUUCGUUGUUUAAUAAAAGAUGUUAUUGAUAAUAGAAAUGAGAAAUGGAAUAAAAAAUUCGCACAUAAAUUAGAAGGUCCAACAACAUUAAGUGUAUUACAUGAUAAGAUAUUAAAAGAAACUAUUGACCAGAACAAUAGAACAUAUAAUCAUAAUAAUAAUAUGAAUUAUCAUGAAAAUAAAAUGAAUAAUAAUUUAAGUAAUAUGAGAAAUAAUCUCUUAAGAAAUGUGAGCUUUAACAUGAACAACAACAACAACAACAACAACAACAAUAAUAAUAAUAAUAAUAUAAGUUUUGGUAAUAUGAUGAAUAAUAAUAAUAUGAAUUUAAGGAAUAUGGGAAAUAUGAAAAAUAUGGAUCAAAAUAAAAAUAUGAAAAAAUUAUCUUUAAAUUUAAUGAAGAAUAAAAAUAAUUUGCAACAAUCCAAAAUGAUGAAUGAUGAUAUGAAAGGAACUAAUAUGGAAAAUAACUAUUUCGACAUACCUAAAAGAGAAAGUCUUUUUAAUAAAAACUCUUCUUUUUCUAACGAAGAUGCAAAUAAUAAUAAUAAUAAUAAUGCGUCGAGCGGUACAAGUAAUAGCUUUUUCAGUAAUUUAAGUUCAAGGUUAUUAAAUAAAGACAAAAAAGAAGGAGGAAAUAUUUUUUCGAGAAGUUUUAAUUUGAAGAAAAAUAAUAACAUAUCUAAUUUUUCAAAUAAUGAUUUAGAUAAAAAAGAUAAAACAACUAUGAAUUCAACUAAGAAUGAAGAAAAGGAUAAUACUUUUACGAAUAAGGAUAAUAAUGUGUUAAAUACAAAAGUUGACAAUAUAAAUGAAGAACCAAAGGAUUAUACAUUUGUUGAAGAAUAUAUUCCUAAGGUUAAUGAAAUUCUUGAAUUAUCGACUACUAUAGAAAAUUGGGAAGAACUAACUGAAAAAAUUGUUCAAUUAAAUAUACCUCCUAAAUUUAAUGAAAAAUUACAUGCACAUAUCUUAAAACAUACAUUAAAAAAAUAUGCAUGUAAUAAAAAUGUAGAAAGAAGUCUACCAUAUUUUAAUUGGCUUGUAUCAAUUGUAUUAGACAAUAAAAUAGAUAUGGAAUCUUUUAAACACUGUUGGAAAUCUUUCUUUUUAGAAAGUGAUGAAAAUAGUUAUGAGUAUACCAAAGAAGAUUAUCCUUUAUUACCACGUUUGGUAACAAAUUUUAUUAGUGCAGUAGAAAUAUAUGAUAAAAAUCAUAUGUUAUAUGACGUAUCAACAUUAGAGCAAAUGAAAAGUGUAAUAUGA